AUGUUAUUUUUGUUGCACAAUGCCCAUCGAAAAUUGGCUUUUGGGGCUAAGUGCAAACCAAAUCAAUAUUUCGAGGGCUUGCACUAUUCACUUGUUUCCGUGGGCACCCCUGCUUUGACAUUCCUUGUGGCGCUCGACACCAGCAGUGAGCUAUUCUGGAUACCAUGUGACUGUAUCAACUGUGCACGUAGCUUAAGCCUGCCUUCAGGAAAGAUACGGAAGCUAGACAUAUACAGUCCUAGUACGUCGACAACUAGCACGACAGUUCCAUGCAGUAGCCCUAUGUGUGGGCCCACAAGAGGAUGCUCGACCAGGCUUAGUGCUUGUUCUUACCAAUUAUUGUACGGCAACACCUCAACUGCAGGGAUAUUGGUUAAUGAUCUUUUGCAUUUGGGUACGGAUACUGAUCCACAAGACCCUAUUGAUGCCCCAAUUACAUUCGGAUGUGGAAUGGUUCAAACCGGCGAGUUCUUGGACGGUGUUGGUCUUAAUGGUCUAUUCGGACUCGGUAUAGGCAGUGAAUCCGUGCCUAGCAUUUUAGCUAGCAAAGGCGUUACGGCAAAUUCUUUCUCAAUGUGUUUUAGCCGUGACGGGCUUGGAAGAAUCGAAUUCGGAGAUACAGGAAGCCCAGAUCAAGAAGUCACUCCAUUUAAUCUUCAACAAUCACAACCGUACUAUAACGUCACCGUGACACAAAUUUCCGUGGAGGAAAGUGUCACUAAUGUAGAGUUCACAGCAAUCUUCGACACUACCUCCUCAUUCGUAUACUUGAGCGAUCCGGCUUAUUCGAUUAUUGUCAAAGGAUUUGAUUCUCGAAUAACCGAGGUCCGUUAUAUACCUUCAAGGCGGAUCAUUUUCGACUAUUGCUAUUCGCUCGGUGCAACUCAAGAAAGUUAUACCAUUCCAAUCUUGGCCUUUACAAUGGAAGGUGGAGGCAAAUUUUAUGUUCAUGCACCAACAAUUGUUAUUCGACGAGAUCAGGGGGGAUUAGCAUAUUGUCUUGCUAUUAUCGAAAGCGAGGAUGUUAACAUCAUUGGACGUUAUGAUUCCAUAUCAUCCAACUCUCCACCCAUAAGUAAGGGAACCCCCUCUAGUACUCCACCACCACCACCACCAUCGCCUUCCGCUUUUAUUCCGGUAGCUAACGGAACUCGUACUCCCAUUUCACCACCUCCGCCGCCGUCACAGUCACCACCACCACCACCACCGACGAAGACACUCUUAGGAAGAGGUGGUGCCGCCCGUUUGAACUCCAUGAGUACCGGACUUGUGAUGGUCUUACUUGCCAUUUUCGCUCUUGUUUGA